AUGCAAUCGAGAUCAUAUACUAAUCUUCUAGAAUUGGCUUCUGGGAAUUUCCCUUUAAUGGGGCGAGAGAGUGACAAGCGAAAGAUGCCAAGGAUAAUGACUGUUCCUGGAAGUAUCAACGAAUUUGAUGAUGAGCCAACAAGCAGUGUUGCAUCUGAUAACGCUUCUUCACUUUCUAUGGAUAGAAUCAUUAUAGUUGCAAAUCAAUUGCCUCUAAAAGCCAAAAGAAGACCUGAUAAUAAAAGUUGGAGUUUUACUUGGGAUGACGACUCUCUCCUUCUGCGACUCAAAGAUGGUUUUCCUGAUGACAUGGAAGUUCUAUAUGUUGGAUCCUUAAAUGCCGAUGUUGAUGGCAUUGAACAAGAUGAUGUUACGUAA